AUGGCCAUGGCCACAGCUGUCGUGUGUCCGCAGAACAUCACCGCCGGAGGCAUGGUGAGGUCACCUGCCAAGACCAAGAAGACAAUGAAAAAAGUGGUACACGUAAGAGGGCUUAAUUCAUUUGGGGGACUCAAGGCUAGCAAUGGUGUUGUCUCCUUGGGGCUUCCUGUGAGCACUGAGAAGUGCUUCGCUAAGAUUGUGAGGUCGGUGAAAGCAACGACAUCGAAUGGAAAAGGAAAGGGAGGAGGGGCUCUCUCAUCCACCUGCAAUGCCGCAGGUGAGAUAUUCACGAUUGCUGCUAUCAUCAAUGGCCUUGUUCUUGUCGGGGUUGCUGUUGGGUUUGUACUCCUGCGAGUUGAAGCAUGGGUGGAGGAGUCCGAGGCUGAGUGA